AUGGCCGCCCCCAACAACGACCCGCCCGCCGCCAGCGCCAGCGCCAGCGCCUCCACCAGAGACGCCGCCCUCGCCGCGCCGGAGGACACCUCGAUCGAGGCGCUGGCGCGGCGCGUGCAGGAGCACAUGACCCUCGCCAACAACCCCACCGCCCGCCGCCACAAGUUCUGGGAGACGCAGCCCGUCGGCCAGUUUGGCGACGUCGCCGACGUCUCCCUCCCCGACGGUGCCAUCGAGCCGCCCUCCCCGCUCUCCGAGGUCCGCGCCGACCCCUACCCUCUCCCCGCCGCCUUCGAGUGGUUCACCUGCGACCUCGACGACGACGCCCUCCUCGCCGACCUCUACGCCCUCCUCGCCCACAACUACGUCGAGGACGACGAGAACAUGUUCCGCUUCAACUACUCCCCGGCCUUCCUCCGCUGGGCGCUCCGCCCCCCCUCCUUCUUCCGCGCCUGGCACAUUGGCGUCCGGGCCAAGGAGUCCAAGAAGCUCGUCGCUUUCAUAUCCGGCGUCCCCGCGCGCAUCCGUGCGCGCGACGACGUUGUCCGCAUGGCCGAGAUCAACUUCCUCUGCGUCCACAAGAAGCUCCGAUCCAAGCGCCUCGCGCCGGUGCUCAUCCGUGAGGUCACCCGUCGCGUCCACUUGGAGAACAUCUGGCAGGCUGCCUACACUGCGGGCGUCGUCCUCCCGACCCCCAUCACCACCUGCCGCUACUGGCAUCGAUCCCUCAACCCGAAGAAGCUCAUCGACGUUGGCUUCUCCCGUCUUGGUCCUCGGAUGACCAUGAGCCGCACGGUCCGGCUCUACAAGCUGCCUGAUGCGCCGCUUACCCCUGGGUUCCGCCAGAUGGAGUUGAGGGAUGUUGCAGCAGUCACACGCUUGCUCAGGGCAUACCUUGCAAGGUACGUGGUGGCGCCAGAUUUUGAUGAGCUUGAUGUUGAGCACUGGUUGCUCCCCCAGGAGGAUGUGGUGGACAGCUACCUUGUGGAGAGCCCUGAGACGCACGAGGUCACAGAUUUCUGCAGCUUUUACACCCUGCCCUCGUCCGUGCUGAACAAUGCCAACUACUCGACACUCAAGGCCGCAUACUCAUAUUACAAUGUUGCUGUCAAGACCCCGUUGCAGCAGCUGAUGAAUGAUGCACUGAUUGUGGCCAAGCAGAGGAACUAUGAUGUAUUCAACGCGCUCGAUGUCAUGGAGAACGAGGGGUUCCUCAAGGAGCUCAAGUUUGGCCCUGGAGACGGGCAGCUGCACUAUUAUCUCUACAAUUAUCGCAUUCGCAAUGGAAUCAAGCCAUCUGAGCUUGGGCUUGUGCUUCUAUAG